AUGAGGAGAUCUGGAAGGGGACAAAGAGCUGCACAGCUAAAUGUGGCCAUGGCUGUCGGUCACCUGGGUACCAGUCUUACAACAGAGGGUAUGCGUGGUAUGCUUCUUGGUGCAAAUAUUGAACCAGCAUCAGCCGCCAACAUGCAACAGACCUGCAACAAAGUGGGGAAAAUUAUCACCAAAGUAAAUAAAAACAGCAUGAAGAAAAUAAGGCAGAACAUUCAAGAACUUAAUGAAAAAUGUGGACUUCCUGAUACCCCUAUCAGAGCGGAAGGAGAUGCUCGGUAUAAUAAUGCCACCUUUAGUGCCAUUGGAAAAACCCCAUUCCAAGCUGCCACCCAAGUGACUUAUACCGUAAGUGAAAAUGUAACUCAAAGGAAAAAUGUUGUGGCAGUGUUCUGUGGGAACAAACUAUGCAAGAAAGGCACACACCUACGAAGCAAAGGAAAGGAAGUUACCUGCCCAGGACACGAAGACUGCACUGCAACCAUUCCUCCGGAGACCACCAUUGGAGAUGAGAAGAGAUGGGCUGCAAACUGUAUCGGGGAGUUACAAAGUGAUGACCGUCCACUUGUCAUUUCCCAUUUCACCAGUGAUGGAGACAGUGCCGCUGCAUCUGGCGCAUCUGUAAAACAAGGACAUGUGAUUGAAAACCUUAAAGACUUGCGUCACUUCUUUGACUCUCAAAGAAAACAGACAGCGAAGGCUCCAUUCAGCAGUCACAUGUUUCCGGGAAGAGCCAAAGCCAUAAGAGAAUCCAUGCAGAGAAGAUUUGCCUUAGACUUGAAGCUUCGAUGCAGGACAGAGUACGAGAAUUGCUACAAACACUACUCCGGAGACUUACCUUUGAUGAAGCGGGCUAUGUCAACUGCUGUUGGUUCCAUCAUAAGCUGCUACCAAGGACAGUGCGGAAAGUCCUGUCAACUUCAUUCCUUUUCCUGUCAUGGACUGAAAAGCAAUAAGUGGAAAUCUUCAGUGGUGCCUAGUGACUUUGAAUUAAACAUGACAGAAGAUGACAAAUGGGUCAUGGAAACUCAACAUUGGAACUUUGUGAAUCUGUAG